CUCAGCCCACUGGCAGCGCUCAGUUCCAAUUGGAAGAACGGGCGAGCAAGACGCGGUGCACGACUGAAGCGUUGUUCAAAAUAAAACACAAAUAAUCUUUCGCCUUAUUUUUUUUGCUCACAAAAAGUGCAGCAACGCGUACGCAUUUAAAGUAAGCAAAGAUUUAAUGUAACGGUAUCGCUUGUGCUUGUGGGCGUGUAGUGAAAAUGAAUGAAUGAAUUAGUGCCAAAACAAAGAAAACGCAAAAGCAAAAGCAGCAUAAAGAAGCAGCAGCAACAGCAACAAAAGCACGUACUUGAGUGUUGCUUGGCUGUGUGUGUCUGUGCGAGUGUGUGAGUGUGCGUUGUUUUUACAUAUGUGUUUUUACACGUGUGUGCGUGCUCAAAAAUAUUGCUUAACCCAGCAAAAUAAAUAAUCAAGUAAAAUCUUCAAAAGUUCACCUAAAGAAUUAGAGAAAACACGUGAAAAUUGUGAAAAACACUGCCGAAUGCGGUGAAAGUGCAGCUUCAGCAACAGCGAGGCAUGAAAAUAGCUCGAAAAGAGAAAGAGUGAAAAGUAAAUUUUGGAGCGUAUUCUCUUUCUCUCUUCGUUUGCAAUUGUGCUUGUUUUUAUUUCGACGUCGUGAGGUGUUAAAUGGAGUUGUAAAAGACAACAAAAACCACAAGGAGAAAUCUGCAACAAUUCGUGGCAUUUGACAUCGUUUGCUGGCAGCCAGAAUAAUGGCCAUACUCAAGAUGUUGUCGUCUUUGUCAGUCACGGCUGAGCUGUGUCCACACCAGACUCCAUUCCAGUCGCUUCUGUGUGCGAUUCAGUGCCAAAAUGCGGCCACCGAUGCCGUUGCAGUCAGCAACUGCAUUGCAACAGAAUGAGGCAUUUCAGCAGGCGCACGUUCAUGUACAUGCAACGCCAGCAACACAACAGCCACAGUGUGCAACACACCAGCUGGGAUUGGAACUAGGAACACAGCAGACACAGCAGCUGUCGACGCACAAGGCCAAAUUGCCGCCACUGGAGUUGCUUGUGGAGCACAAGCUCAGUUACAGCUCAGCAGCAACAUAUCAACAGCAACAGCAACAACAACAGCAGCAGCAGCAGCAACAAACACAGCCGGACUUUAAGGAUUCCAUACAACAACAACAGAAUAUCGAUCUCAGACAUUCCCAGACAAAACGCAGCUCGAUCAGCAGUCCCGAGGAGCAGUCCAGUGAAGAUUGCCGAGUUGCCUCACGCGCCUCCAUUUUUGAUGACGCCGCUGAGAAUUUCAUCAUCAAUUUUCCGGCUGAAUCAUCACAGCAAUUGCAACUGUUGCCAUUGUCGGAAACUGUGCCACUUCUGACCCACAUUGAAGCGACGGUGGUGGACAAACAGCGCUCCAUCAGACUCAAUAAAAACAGCGCCUCGUUAAUCUUCACCAGAAAGGAACUGAGCAACGUCAACUGUCAACAGCAGCGGCGACAGCAUCACAGUUUAUACGGCGCGGGGGAGCGACAACGGAAACAGACGAAACAUUUACCGCCAACACGACGCAGCUUGCAACUCAAUUACAACAACAAUCUGGUGACCACGGCUGGACCUAAUAACGCCGCCAACGGCGGCAAGCUUGUGCCGCACAAGCAUCACACACACCCCCAUAAUCACAGUCACGGCUACAACCACAAUCACAAUCACGGCGUAGGACUGACAUCACCAACGGCGAACGGCGCCGCUGCCUCGGCCCGAAAGCAGCUCUCCUACUCCUGGUACGCGCCAGUCUACAGUGCGCUCGAGGAGGAGCUGGAGCAGGAUUCGAGGGAUUCCUCGCCAAUUCACAAUCUGGCCAAUACAAAGCAUCAGCGAAGCGCCAGCAGCCAGCAAAGUGCCACUGCCUCGCAUGCCGCGCCGCAGCCGCAUCACGACUCGGACACCAACGAGACAGUUGCGCUGCUGGAGACGCAGACGCGCAACAAGAUCAACAUCAUUUCGGCAAGCGAUGCUGCAGCUGAGCGCAAGGCGCAGCCGACGCGCAUCUCCCUCUCCCUGCCCAAUUCCCACAACUCGCAUUCGUUGUCCGUCAGCAGUUUGGGCGGCAAUGGGGCAACAUCCGCAGGUGGAGCAGGAAACGGAAGCGGAAGCGGAGGAGGAGCUGUCGAUGUGGAGAGUUCACUGGGAUUGUCAGGUGGUCAAUUGCCAAGACGACGACGCUUUGAGAAUUUUCUCAAAUCCCUGGUGGGACUCAAAGGCAGCAGCAGCAGUCGAGGCAGCGAACGGGAUCGGGAACGUGAACGGGAUGCGAGAGAAUCAACAAAUGUGCGUCCUGCCUCGCCAGAAAUACGCAUUACGCGCACUCCAUCCGAGCAGGAUGUCGUGCUGCGAGAUCCUUCCGGCAGGCAGCUAGCCAAUGGACAUGGUCAUGCUCAUGGCAGUCGGUUGAGCAUCAGCGGCUCGAGCAGCUCAUUGAAUGUGGUGCAGCAGAAGCUGUGGCAUAUGAUGCGACGCGAGGGCAGCGCCAGCAGUCUCCACCAGGAGAAGUCACAGUCCAUUGUACAGUAUACGGGUCUGCGCAAGUGUGAGACGGUCUUGGCCCUAACACGCCAGAGCCACUCGCUGCAUCCGCUGGGACCAUCCGUUGACCAGGAGGCCAACAUGUUAAUGAUGACAGCCAGUCAUGGCGGGAGCGGUAUCUUUAGUUCCGGUGGCGUGGAGCAAAUACGUCCUUUAAAUCGACUCAGGAACAGUGUGACCAGCAUCAAUAAUGUCACCUGUUCGCGCUGCUCCAGUUUGCUUUCACUGGCUGCCACCGGUUCGCGUUACUCACUGGCCAAUGGCUUUGUGGCGCGGCCAGAGUCGGCGCAAUCUCUGAGCACACAUCCAAGGCGGAUCAGUGGAGAGGAGCAAUCGCUGGAGCCGCACAUCAAUGUGAAUGCGCAGAUUCGACUCAGCAGCGGAAGUGGAAGUGGAAGUGGUGUAACCACUGGAGCACCACCGGCUGCCAUCGGCUGUGGCUCACGCAAAAGUUCCGCUGGCCUGCAAAGUGUCAGCAGCCCAAGUCCGCCGUCCAAUGUGACCACAGCAACGUUGCACUCCAACAACAAUAACAACAACAACACUGAGGAGCAACUGUCGUCGCCAACUCCUAGUGGACAGGGUGGCCUCGAAUUGGGCGCCUUUGGGACAACACACGCAUAUCCUUUGACGGUCAGCUCGCUCCUCUCGAUGGCCAGUGCCAACCAGGCGGCCCAGGCCUGUUGUGUCCGCGAUGGCAUCACAUUGAAGCGUCGCGAGAUGCUCGCCUCUGCGGAUGUUACGCCCUCGGCGGGCACACCGGCCACGCCCACCAAUUUCCAGCAAUUCACCUGCAAAUUGUGUCUCAUCGAUGUGGAAAAUGUGGCGGAGGCGACAACGUUACAGCAAUGCGGCUGUCAGUUUUGCACUGAGUGUAUGCGCGCCUACGUGGAGUUUGAGAUAACCGAAGGAGCCUACGAGAUUUCCUGCCCGGAUGCCAAGUGUCCGGCUCAGGGCGCCAUCUCGUUGCCCGAAAUUGCGAACCUAACCACAACGAAUCUGCUGAAAAAGCACCAUCGUUAUCGCUUGAAUCGAGAAAUCGAAUUGGACAAGACGCGCACCUGGUGUCCACGUGCGGGCUGCGAGACAAUUUGCAUGGUGGGUGGUGGUGCUACAGUCACUGCUCCACUUGGAACAACUGGUGGUAGUGCCAUCUGCCAAAUGGAUGAAUCGCCAUCGACAUCACAGAGCUACACGCCCCAACAGGAUGGUGUGACACCCGUGCUCUCCAUUUCCGUGCAUUGUCCCUCCUGCAAGGAUGAGUUCUGUGCGCUCUGCAAGAAGGCGUAUCAUCCGAACAUAAGCUGCGAGGAAUUUGGACGACGUUUGAUUGCCGAUGGACAGGAUGAUAUUGGCAUACCAUUCGAUAAUGAGCUCAUCAAAUGCUGCCCCAUGUGCGCGGUGCCCAUUGAGAAGGACGAGGGCUGCGCCCAGAUGAUGUGCAAGCGUUGCAAGCACGUCUUUUGCUGGUACUGCCUGGCCAGUCUCGAUGAUGACUUUCUGCUGCGGCAUUAUGACAAGGGGCCGUGCAAGAAUAAAUUGGGUCAUUCGCGUGCCUCCGUUGUGUGGCAUCGCGCUCAAGUUAUUGGCAUAUUUGCUGGCUUUGGCAUUUUAUUGCUGGUGGCAUCACCGUUGCUGUUGCUGGCGGCGCCGUGCAUUAUUUGCUGCAAGUGUCGCGGUUGCAGCGGCUCCAAGAUUGACGAGGUCGAUGCUGAGCUGGAGGAGGAGGUCACCGCGUUGCAGGGCUAGCUCGAUAACCGAUUUUAAUUUCUGUAAUAACUCCAACCAACCCCUAACAUCCUCAAUACCUUUCCACCCACCCCUUAUAGCUAUUUUUAAUGACCCUCUGACGAGUUAUUCGAAAUGUUUAUUUUAAUUUUUUGCUUUGGUGGCAACUAUUGUUAAUGACGAACCGUUUAAAUUGAUUAUUUUAAUUGUAUGCAUUGUAUAGUAUGUGUUAACUAAAUUGUGAUAUUUACAGUGAUUCGAUUUACAAUUGAAUCGAAAAUUUGUUGAACCUAUACAGAGAAAAAAGCGCGCCUUUGAUUCUUCUUUAGGUUUUUUGUGUCGAUUUCUUUUACAUACAAACGUACAUAACUAAAAUAUGUAUCCGUAUUUGUAUCUGUAUCUGUAUAUGUAAAUCUAUGUGUAUUGUUUACGUUAUUUUUUUCCAUUCAACAAGUUUGUAUAAAUUAUGUAAGCCCAAGCAACAUGUUAGCCCGUAAGUUAGCCUAAAUUUACUAGCCCACUCUAGCAUUUUAAGUACAUAUAUCUCUCAUAAUUCAAAAUGUGCUGCUUUAAUAUCAAAACACACACACUCACGACCUUUUCCUGAAGUAUUACGAAAUACAAUUGCUACUUACUAACAAAUCCAAGUAAUCAGCGGUUAAAUUGUUAAUUAAUUUCAAAUGUUUGUGCAACUGCUUGGAAAUGCUUUUAACUACUUAUAUACACAAAUUCACACACACACACACAUACUCACAAACAAUAUGUACGCAAUUAUAACAAGAAUAAAUAAAACUUAAUGCUGAAAACAAAUGUACGUACGUCUAAGAAAAGGUUUUGAUCGAUGUAAAUUAUUUAAAUAUUUAAUGCAUAUAAUCAUAUAAAAAUAUAUAUUAAUGUGCGUGUAUAUUAAAAAACCAUAUUUAAAUUCUAUUCUUAAUGUGAAAAUUAACGCGAAUGCUGUUUGAAAUAAAAUGUU